AUGAUUCGUGGUGAAAGCUUCGCUCACAGUUAUUUGCAGAAAUUCUUAUUUUCAAGGUAUUUCAGAGUUAUCUUGCUGGUCUUUUUGUUUCGUACUAUAGAUGAAUUUUUUAUCUCUUAAGAGUUUUGUUGAGAUCGUCUCUGGUUUCUGCUAAGAAAGACGUUACUCUCUGACUACAAAGUGGAGUUGUUGCAAAGUGUGAUUUAGUAAUUAUCAAAGAAAGUGGAAAUACAAAAUGUCUUUGCACAGCAUAAAAUAUAGUAUAUCAAAACAGUGACUGAAGGAUCUUGUGCGUAAGGACAUUGACAUACUUGCUUUAAUUUGAUAGCGACAGUCUGGAUAAAUUGUACUUUGUACACUUCAGACAAGGGGAGCUCAGAAAAACUGAUGAUCAUAAAUUCCAAGAAAAUUCAUGUUAUAUUUUUCCAAACUAUUAGUAAUGGUAACAGGACUGAGUGGAGUCCAAUUCGGUCUGUAAUCAUAUGAGUGAUUAACAAAAUCGCGGGAGUCUGAUUUGUUUAAUCACGAGUAUGAUUACAGACCGAAUUGGACAACACGAAGUUCUGUUACCAAUUAAUCAUAACUUUAACAAAAUUUGUGACAUAAUAGGCUACUUUUUAAAUCAAAACACAAGAAAUCCGAAAUUUUGUUGUGCUAGCAGUGAAAAAAAAAAAGCCAUUUAAGCGCACGCAUGAUGGCGCAUACUGUCCAAUUACCUAUGCAUGACGCGUACUGUCCUAUUAAACUGUCCAAUUAAGGCUGAAAUCAGGGCAGUUGAUCAUGAUAGCCAAUCAGAUUUGACAAUUUUGUUAUAGUUAUGAUUAAAUGAAAAAUCAAUAUCAUAGACAUCCUUUAUAAUCAUAACUAUGACAAAAUUCUCAAAUCUGAUUGGCUAUCAACUGUCCUGAUUUCAGCACUAAUAGGUCAGUGUAACAGGACAGUAUUCAUCAUGCCUAAGUAAUUGGACAGUGCACACCAUUGCAUGCUUGUACUUAAAUGGCUUUUUUUUUUUCACUGCUAGCAAAAAAGAUUCUCAGGAUUUCUUGUGUUUUGUGUAGAAAAAAGCCUAAAAUAUCACAAAGAUUGGUAUGGUUAUGAUUAAUUGUAACAGAACUUUGUGUCAUCUAAUUUAGUCUGUAAUCAUACUCCUUAUUAAUUAAACAAAUCGGACUCCCGCUAAGUGGUCCUUUGAUUUUGUUUAUCACUUGUAUGAUUACAGACCGAAUUGGACUCCACUCAGUGCUAUUACCUUUAUUAAUUUGAGAUAAUUUAGUUUAGGUUAUAAGUGAGGAAGUCAGGAGCACCUUUUACCUUCCUGAUUGUCCAGAUUUUUGGAAAUGGUUAACAAUCACUCCCGAAAUGAGAUUUUUAUUCUGGUUUAGGAUGUUGAACCAUAGGUGGGGGUAGUUUUAGCUUUGCACCAACAGCCUAUCUAACACUGCUUGACUCUAGUCUUCUCUCUCAAAAAUCAGGAAGCUAAGCAUUUGGGAGAGUUCUUGCAGGCUUUCUUGAUAUAUUGGCAAAAUCUGAGAUGGUCACUACACAGUGAAAUCUUUGACUAAUAGAGACUUAGCCAACAUGAUUUUUUCUCUGUAGCAGGGAGUUUAAGCAAAGGAGUUUUUGAGUGACGAAUGUCAACCAGAAGUGAGACGUUUUCACUGUUAAUAUAAUACUUGAUGCUGUCAGAUUGGUCUUAUAGGAACGACUUGCCCAGAUUUGUAGGCGAACCACUGCCAAAUAUUACAAAAUGUCCUAUCCCCAAUGAGAGCUAUGAAAGCCAAUUUUUCAUGUAUUACUGGUACAUUGUGUUAAAUAGAACGAUAGCAUAAGCAUUUUCUUUUAAUUUUCAUGUAUAACUUCAGAGUUGUGACAAGAACUGCCAGUAAGGGAAGCAGCUCUUCCAGAUGGCUGAAGAGGCAACAAACGGUAAGAGCAAUCAAUAAUAUGAGACAGUAACUAUUGAUGAGUUAGGAGUCAGUGUUGACUUUGCGUACUGGCAAUAGAAAUUGAACCGCUGAAAUUUCAGCUUAAUUUUAAAUCAUUUGACAUUUUAUUAAAUUUUAUACUUGGAAUUAGGACUUGUUUGUGAAGAAGGCAUUUGAAAACAACUAUCUUUGCCGUAGCGCCUACAAGCUGAUUGAGCUGGAUGACAGGUUUCAUUUCCUUCAACCUGGAAGAGUCGUGAUUGACUGUGGUGCAAGUCCAGGUAACUUCUUGAUAACAGUUCAGGUUACUUUACUUUUAAAGACAAACUUGAUGAUCAUUAACCUGUAACCACAAAUGUCUGCGGUCACAGGCUAGAUGAUUAUAGGGUAACAUUGAUAAAGAAAUUCAAUUGACUGUUUACUUGUACUUUGGGUUUAGAUUUUUACAUUUGAAUUAGGCACCUCCAUUCCUGGUUUUUUACGAUAAAACAUGUCUGGAAUUGCAGUUAUAGCUGCAAAUAUAGAACAUGCAUUUAUUCAAGUCAAAUGACAUUUUACCCAGUUUUAAGUUGUCUGUUUUGUUUAAUCAUUACCUUCAGGUUCAUGGACUCAAGUGGCUGUUAACCGAGUAUUGACAAGGCAGGCUGGUUUGUACAUUAUAAUAAUAAACUUCUAGCAAAAGAAUUAUUAUUGAAUCAUGAUCAUUCAUACCACUUAUUAACUGAGAGUGAGGUCAUCACAGGGAAAUCUCAGACCGAGGCUUAUCAAUGCAUUGACCAAGCGAUACAAUGUACAUCAAGGCUGAGGUCCGAUAUUUCCCUGUAAUGACCAAACAGACAAGGUUAAUAAGUUAUUUAUUAUGGCCUUUUUAUUUUAUGAACCUCAGCCUGCAGGCAGAGCAGGUAGUGAUACGUUGCAGUGCAGGAGGUGGAAGAGGAAAGGGUGGGAGAUGGGAUUUCUACAAGGGUGGAAAGCAGGAGAAAUAGGUGGAAAUUUUGCAGCAAUGCCUAAUAUUUUUGCAAAUGAAAAGACUUAAGAAGAAAGCCAAGAAAAAAAGGAGUGGGAGCCCCCCUUCCCCCCCUCCAAAAAAAAGCUGGUCUUGGACUAGAUUGUGAGCUAGCCUGCUCUAAGGCUGGGUUUUGACCCUCUAGUUCACCAUAAAAAAUAUAGUUUGAAGAUGAGGAUGUGUCAAAAUAUUCAAUGUUUCUCUUUGGUCUAGGUCAGCAGAAAGGUCUUGUCAUUGCAGUGGAUUUGUUAGGUAUAUAAAAAUUAAUCUUUUGAAUUUAGAAAUUGUUGUUCAUUGUAAAUUUUAUGUUUGGUAUAGAUCACUGACCAUAAUUUGUACUAAUAGAAGUAAUGGAAAUACAUGAAAAAAGGAUAAACAGCACGGUUAAGGGAGGAGAACUAGCUGUUUAUUUUUGAAUGUGUGAUGGAAUUCAUAAAUUAGAUUAAUUAGCAUUGGUGUAUGCAGUAGCUAAAGUAUCGAUGAUGUCGGAGUGUCGACACUCUGACAUCAUCUAUGUCCCCUACUUAUAUCAAAUAUUACUAUGGGUUAUUUGCAUUUCUGUCAAAUUUACUGACAUAUUUACAACGAUGAAGGAGAUAACGCCAGUAAGGUAAAUUUGAUGGAGCCAGCAUGGCCAAGUGGUCAGUGCAUCCGACUCGACGAGUUCGAGUCUUGCUCUGCCCACUUGCUGGAUUUGUUCUUGAUCAUCCCUAGUUCAAAUCCUCUGCCGCUCCUGUAAAUAGCCAACUGGUCGCCUCCUGCCUGUUGUGGUUUUUAAUCCUGUUAUGUUGUAUUUGAAUAAUUUAUUUGUUUCUAAGUAUUGGUGUUUGAGUGGAGUGCCUGCAAACUAGCUGGAUAAGCUAAGUGCACUUUCUAUUAUAAACAAGCCUUUAAACCUUUUUUAAACCACAUAACUUGAUGGCCUACAUGUAAGUUACAAAUUUUGUCUUUCUUGACUAGACAUUGAAGACAUUCUUGGAGCAACCAUUUUAUCAAGAUGUGAUUUUACAGAUGCCAGCACACAGAGGAAAAUACUCUCACUACUACCACCAGCCGGAGCUGAUGUUAUAAUGAGGUACGGUAAAACAGACUGCUGCUUUUUUUUUUCUUUUUUAACUGGAGCUGAUUGUAAUGGUAUUAUAUAUAUUGUACCAUUUAGAUUAUUUUCUUUUUCAUACACAGGUCAUUUCAUACUCUGCAUUAAUAAUUGGCUAGUUUGCAUUUCACAACUUACUAUAAAGAAUGAAAUUUAAUUUGGUUGUAAUGUUUUUUACUAGGAAAUCCUUAUAUAUUUAAUAUAAUGCUCAUCCCGGUACGUGAACAAAAAAAAGCAAUAAAGUUUUGGAUGCCAGUCAAAUAACUUACUUGUGAGGCACCUACUUGAUCCAGUCAUCCAAAAAGAAGGCUAUGUCAAUAGGAAACAUUGGGCUUAUCCUUGUAUUCUUGUUUUGUGCUAUAAAUAUGAAUUCUCAUUUUCCUACUUGCUUCAUAGCCCUUCUUUAAUACUUUGCGCUGGGGCCAUAACUAGAUAGAGGGGUGAAAGCAGCACAUAAUUAACAAAACAGUGGUUAAACACUGUUAUAAACACAUGACAUUGCUUGUAUCUUUGAGCUCCUAUACCCCGGAAUUGACUAAACUGCUUUAAUAUUGCUUUUAAACCAUGAACACCUGAAAUAUUUUUGGCAUGCUAGUGUGUUAGUCUGACAAACAAGCCAAUCAAGUGUGAAACAACUAAACCUCAAGCAGUUUUUUUUAUAUCGUAGCUGAAUUAAUAAUCCUGUGUACAGUUACAUCUUUUUUGUUUAUUUUCAGUGACAUGGCUCCAAAUGCCACAGGAAACCAUACUAUAAACCAUGAAGCCAUCUUGGUUAGUCAUAUAUAGAUCAAUUUACCAAUAAGAGAUUAUUAGAGAUUCCGAAAAGUAAUGUGUGCCUAACAAUAUCACAGGAGUUAACUGGAAUUUUUUUAGCUUUGGAGAGGGAGAGGCAUUAGCUGAAACAGGUUUAGGGAGGCUUUCAGAAUAAUAUUAUUAAAGAAUUUAUUUAAAAGGGGUUUAAAGGCUUGCUUACAUUGGAAAGUGCACGUAGCUUAUCCAGCUAGUUUACAGGCACCCCACUUAAAUACUUAGAAACAAAUACUUUAAAUUAAUGCAACAUAACAGGAUUAAAAACCCCAACUGGCAGGUGGCAACCAGUUGGCUAUUUACAAGUGUGGCCAAGGAUUUGAACUCGGGACAACCAAGAACAAAUCCAGCAAGUGGCCAGAGCGGGACUCAAACCAGGGACCACCGGAUUGUGAGUCCAACGCGCUGAACACUAAAAAAGAGAAAGAGAAAUACUUUAUUAGUGUUAUCGAUGAUUCUCACGGAAAUUUGCUGAAAAGGGCUUAAAAUGUGCUUUGUUUUGUAUUCACUGCAGUUGUUGAUGCCCAUAAUGUCAGAGAAUUAGGUUAAUAAUAAAAUACACUGCUGAUAUGAAAGAAGAGCUCCGGGCUCUGGUAAUAACUCCACUUAUAGAAAGAAAGGUCUAUUAAAGAAGAGAUAUGAGUUAUUAAAUUUAAGCCAUCUUAUCCGCAGAACCUUUGUGAAUCAGCCUUUGAAUUCAGCAAAGAUGUGUUGAAGCCUGGUGGGCGUUUUCUAUGUAAGCUCUGGGAUGGUUAUGGCACACAAGGUGAGGAAAGGGAACAUACACAUGUCAAGUAAACCAAAAAUCUUUCCUUAAAACUUAGCACUCACCAGAAAGGAAAGGGACAUUACAGCCACCUUAAGUUUUGAAAAAUAAAAGAAGGUUCUAAAUUUCUCCAGAAUUUCUCUAAGCUUUGUCCAACAAGGCACUAAGAUUUCAAUUUGCCAGGUAUUUGCAAUAACUGGGCCGGGAGCUGUAUUGCUGACUUUUCUACUUAUUUACUUUUUAAUUUUUCAGAUUUAUUUUUUUAAAUUUUCAGAUUUUAUCAAAAUUUUGCAAGGUUAUUUCAAGCAAGUUAAAGAAUGCAAGCCGCAAGCAAGCAGGAAGGAAUCAGCUGAAAUUUAUCUUUACGCUGAGAACUUUAAAAAAUAAUGUACAUGAUGUUACAUGUGCACAAAUACAGCUGACAACAUAAUGCAACGUGCUUCAUUCCCACUACCGUAGUCAAGAUAAAUGAGCGGUUGUUGUUUUACGUGUUUAAUUUACUGAUGUUAAGUUAUUGAACUCUUUUUUUGAGUAUGGACUGUUUGAAUCGGCUCCUUGGUCAAAACAGUAAGAACUGACUGUGAACAACUACGCGAUACAACUAAUUGGCGUAACUUUAUAGGCCGGUGCAAGACUUCUGUUAUAUGGGGAUGUGACAGAUGUGGCAUAGUCAGGGCUGGUUUACACGUGGAGCUCACGUGCGCCGCAAUAGCGCUUGCAUGGUCCGGACGAAAAGCAAAUCUGCCAUUUUCGAGCCUUUUGCGGACCACGUCAAACGGCUCGAAAAAGAGAGAAAGACCCUUUGUGACUACUUGACAACGACGUUAUCCAUUUUCAUGACCCUCUGUUUAUGUAUUGCGGUAUAAAGCUGUAUAAAGUGGAAUAUCAAAAGCAUUUUCAAGCAAAAGGUGCGGUGCACCUACACUUGCGUCGUUUCGUACGUAAUUAGCACAACAGUGAAGAACUUAUUUAGCAGGAGAGAUCAAUAAUUCAGGGGAAAAAUAUUUCUUUCUCUCAAAAAUUCGGGGAGACAAGUCAAUCGGGAUAGGAGAGGGUGCAGGCGACACCCCGAACGUUCCCCUUGAUCCGCCAGUCGACUUUGCAGGUGUAUAUGUAAACAAUUUCCUCUGGCAGUGCUUGAACUCACUGAAGCCCCUGGAAGACUUUAAGGGCAAGCCACAUGACUCUCUUUCAGCCUUAUGAUUUUGAUCGAAAACUGCACCAAAAUUGUAAUUCCGGGCGCUUUCCAUUUAGUCAAAAUUUUCGGAAUUUCUGGUUCGGCCGUAAAUGGAACACGUUUCGUCGGCUCGUCCCACUGGAAAAUUCCCAGAAAAAGUGGAAAAAUCUAAAAAGGUGGGCCCGUUUUUCCGGUUGGAAUUUCCGAACGGAAUGUUCAAUGUCGUGUUCCAUUUACCUUUCUCGUAGUUUGCACCAGUUCCAGGUCCACGGUCGGGCACCGCGACGUACCGGUGUUUACGACCAAAUGGAACAACUUUUUACCAAUCGGAAAUUCCACUUUUGCUCCCACCGAAAUUUCCGGGUUUUUUUCCUAAAUGGAAAGCGCCCUCCAUCACUGUUCCAUACUUUCCUCUGGAUCCAAAAAUGCUAUGAAAUCAAGUAAACUCAAAUAAAUAAAUAAAAGCAAAGUUUUCAGCAACUUCUUCGUUGACCUAAGCUGCACGAUUCGACUGAACACCGUCCUGGAGAAAAGCUAGUGAAGUUGCCUUCGAUUCACCUAAAGUACAAGUCACAAAAUUUCGGCUCGAACGGCGAAAAUUAAAGUUGCGUGGGGUUCCUGUGAUUAAGUCGGUUAAUCAAAGAAGCGAGGCUACCAAGUUGCUUAUCAAAGAUGGCGGAUCAUCAAGGUAAGGAAGGAACUUUUGCCUGUUGUAACUUUCAUUUUCUUCGGACAUUGUGGGUAAUCAGGUGUUUUUACGCCGUUUCCAUCUCGUAGAAUGAACACGGAUGCUUUAUUUCAAGCUUUUUUUAUUUACCGUUUUCGUUAAAGCUGUGGUUUGAUUCGCAAAAGAAUGAUGCUGAUCGACGUCAGCUGUCAGGUUAAUUCAUUGUGACAAAUCAAUGAAUUAAAAAUUAUUAAUAUUUAGGGUUACCCUUUAUGUGAAAUUAAGUGUAACUGUUUAAAGACAUACGAACAUGGAGUUUCAGAAAUCAAGUUUUUGUGAGGACGUUUUGAUAAUAAACUGUUUUAAAAUUGGCCAUUUAAUAACAGUUGUGUGCCCAGUGCCCAGGCCUUUGAAUAGAAGCGAGGAUGGCGGUGAUCUUGUUUGGUUACAAACCUUCUUGUUUUUCAUAUGUAAAUGAUCAUGUUUACGGGGUUGUUAGCAUGAGAAUACCACGAUUUGCACAUGCAGGAAGGUUUGUAACAAAACAAUGUCACCGCCAGCCACGCUUCUAUUCAAAUGCCAGUGCACUGAGCACGUAACUGUAAAAUGGCCUAUUAGUGAUAACAUAUGUAAACGUAAUUCACGAUUUCAAUGAUGCUUUUUUUAUCUUUGACUGCAAUAAUAAUAGUAAUAUUUGAACAACAUGUCACAACAUUUUCCAAGUUGCUUUUACUUACCUCAAAGGUUCAUAUCCUAAGUAAAUUCUGCGAUUAAAUUUCCCUUGUUUCAUUAUAUACAAAAUCAGAUGCCAGCCUUCAAGACUGUUUCAGUUUUGGGUUUGUACUUCUCUUUAAAAAUUUCUGCCUUCCAGACCCUACUUCCCCUUGAAAUCUCUAUUGAUCUUUGAUCCAUGAGAGGUAUGGAUAUUUUCUGAAACCACACAUUGGUUCAAAAAGUGUUCUAUUACAAAUUUGGUCAGAACUUGAAGGGCCGUCAUUAAGAGCCAGGGGCUGGGGGUUUCCCCCAACUGAUAUGAAUGUGGUUCCUGGGUCGGUUCCUGGCUACUCUCAUUGGAAAAUAGAAGAAAAAUUCAACCAAAAGAAAUCUCUAGCUGUAUGAUUCCCUGCCUACUUGUUGUAUUUUCCUGGCAACUCGAAAUCGUAGUGACAACCCUGGGAACUGUGCCCCAUCUCCCUAAGGAAACCUCAAUUAAUUUUUGUGGAUUAACCUGUUGAGUAAUUAGUGGCUGGGUAGGACACAGGCUUGGAUUUUUGGUCUUCUGAUCAGGAGAAAAGUCUCCUGAUCUUGAAAAGUCUAGACUUGACCUUUUGCCACCUCUAACACUUCCCCUUUUUCCCAUCUGUAGGCACUGGAAACUAUGAUGAGGCCAUCAUGGCCCAGGUGGAUAAUAUCCAGAAAGAGGUACUAUCACCCUAGGAAUACAUUUCCAUUUGAUAUGCAACAGGGAUGCUUUUCAGACAGCUGAAUUCUUAGGGAGUCCAAUCUGGACAUGGCUUGCGCUCAGGCUUUGUUUGACCUCACAAGAGGACUGCAUAAAAACAGACAAUCAAAUAAGAGCUAUAUUGAUUUUCAUACUGCUUAAGACAUCAAAAUUUAAUGCUUUACUUAAUAGUGCCUCAUUUGUUUAAUAUAUUAUGACAAAUUGUUGACACACAACCCAAAGCAAUACUUGUAUAGGUAAAAGUAGAGGCUUUAGUCCUUGGGGUACUCACUAAAAUUUUAUAUGAGAAAGCUUUCACCCUAAGUCCCUACCUCUUACUCAUUUAUAUGCCAUUUUUAGCAGAAGUACCCCUUCCAUAUCAUAUACCUUUUACUGACAAAUUUAAUAUACCUCACCUAGUGAAAUCCCUUGUACCCUUUCAAUAUACCUGGAGCUUUAAAAUGGCACCCCUUUGGGACAGAGCCUCCCCGUCAUAAUAUAGGGAAUACCCCCCCUGGGCUUUCAGUCCUGAACACUGUAAGGCUAUGUUUGACCAAAAUCUAUUUACACCCAUAAGUGAGAUAACCAGCAUCCUUACAUCUUUUUCAAAUGGGAUUCCCCUGGUGGACCACAGUCAAAGCCCUAUAAUUUAUUAUUUGAACAUCAUAAAUUUAGCCACCACCCAUACAUGUCAGUGACCACAACCACUUUUGGAGUGGACGGUUUUAGAACCUUCCAUUAUUUUUUAAACAUUUUGUAAGCAACAACUUCACAGAUGGUCUGAUUGUUGUGUUUGUUGCUUCCAUUUAUCUGCUCAGAGUAUACAGCAGGUGUAUUUUCCAAAAUGCUGAACGGGUGCCGAACACUGAAUGACUCUGAAGUGAAGUGAUUAUAGGGUUAGGAAAUAAAAUCGAGGAAAAAUCAAGUUUUAGUUCAUGUUUAGCCAGCUGGUAUAACGACCCUAAAUGGACCUUAUUCACUAGGUUUUAUAGGGGGUGGACAAAACACUGGCUCCCAGUGCAUGGAGUAUGCCAAUGGACUACCUAUAUGGACUACCCUAAAAUGGAGUGUGCGGCUGAAGUUUAGUGAUUCCAUGCGCCUGCUAACCGGGCAAUAGUAGAGAAAAUCCUCUAUGUAAUUCUUUACUGUAGAUGUAUCAGACUUUUUCCUGAAAGGCACCCCCACAGUUUGACUCUUGUAAGCUACCACAAAGACUUGGAUUUUCCACUGGCUACGAGUGAGAGUUUAAGUGUAAUAUCAACAGUUGUCAUCUUCAUUUGAUUUGUCAUUUUAUUCCUAGAUUGCAGAUAUACACAAACUUGUUAGUGACAAAAUGGACAUCACCUGCCUAGAAAAAGAAUAUGCUAUGGAUGAUUUUGUAUACCAGUCUAAAAUCAAGGUACACUACAAAACUAAACUUAUCCAUUUCUUGUUUAGUAUAGUACUUAAAUACUAAUUCUGUAAGCUUCUUGAAAAUGUUACUAUAAGUUUAAACCUGUACCCACUUAAUCAACACUAAUAUGAUAGGUUAAACACAAGGCUAGGGCUUAGGAAAGAGAGUAAUCCCUCCCACCCAGAGAAGUUGUUGAUUGCUUUCAUUUUCUUUUCUCUUAAUUAACUACAGGACCUAGCUUUGACAUACUCACAUGUGAGAAAAACAAGAGGUGAUGGGAACUGUUUCUACAGAGCUUUUGGAUUUUCUUACCUUCAGGAACUGAUUGGCAAUCAAAAGGAAUAUGAGAGGUGAGACAUGGCAAUUUAUAUUGCAUGACCAAAAAAUACCCCAGCAGAUGGGAUGCAUAAGUACACCAUAUCUGCAAACCAGUUGACUGCGAUCAAACAAGUGUUUUACAAAUGUACAAAAACUUAAUUAGAGUGCUUCUAAAGUUAACUGACACUUUACCAUAGCACUGGGACAUCAUUCAAGGGGUAUGACAACACUCUUCACUGCUUUAAGUUACUGAAAACUGUGUAAUUCUCUGCUUUUGUUUGGGGCAUGGCUUUAGCUUUAAGGGGGAUUCAUUAGCUUCUGACAAAGAGACUCCAGGACAUGAAACUCUCAUGUGUGAUAUUAUGUACACCAUGUCAAUGAUAUUUCAUCACCUUGUACUUAAAUGUACAGUUGUAGUCACUGUAAUAGCCCACGUUCAAUAUAUUAAAAUUCAAACAUGACUCCGAACAGGCUUUAGGGUAAAAAUUGCAAAUUUUUUAUGACUCUGUUGUCUUGCAAUUUCCAGAAGAGGCUUGAGCACAAAGAUAACCAAAUAUAGAAAAAGGAACAGAAAGCCUCAGAGUCAUUAGAAUUUUAAUAUAUCGAACGUUGGCUAUUAAAAUACAACAUUUGACCAAUUUUUUUUAAACAUUCCACCAUCCGUUGUAGACAACAAUUUCCUGCAGCAUUUCUCUGUGUGGUCACGCAAAAUGAAAAUGCUUCUCUUAAAGCAGUCUGUAAUACUCUGUUGCGAGUGAAGACUUAAUUGGUAAAUAAAUAAAUAAAUAAAUAAAUAAAUACACUGGGGAGCAUUGUGCAACAACACAAAGAAUGGAUUCAUGGGAGACUAGUUUUAAGGUCUACGCUAUAGUGUUUAGACUUAAUUAAUGCUGUCACUUUUCGUUGUGUCUUUAAACAGAUUUCAUUCCUUAGCAUCUCAAAGUAAAGAUGAACUUGUCUCUCUUGGAUUCCCUUCCUUCACGAUUGAGGACUUUCAUCAAGUUGUAAGUUAACCAAAAUGGUCAAAUUGCCAUACCAUGAAUGUCCGAAAUAUGCCUGUAUCUUUUGUGGCGCUAAUAAGUGAAAUUUCCCUUUAAAAAAAAAAACAAAACAAAACAAGAAAUGUUAUCCUUUAAUGUCUUAAUCUCCAAAACAUCUGUGUGAUAUUGAGGGGAGUUGUCAGUUGCUAAUCACCACUUAACUAGCAGAGGUGGUAUGUUUGUGUGUUUCCAGGGGAUACUUCUCAAUAGACUGUCUGAGUUUUUGAGGAAGAUGGAGAAAUAUAAAGCCUUUCCUAGACCACAGUCUACUUGUGAUUGCAUUAUAUAACAGACUUAAUUCUUUUCACCCAUGGACUGGCCAUUAUGUUCAUGUGUGUUCACUUUUUGAGCUUACUGGUUUAUUGAGUCAAAACAAAAUGCUUAGCUCUACUAACUAUGUAACCUUUUUUACUCAGACGUGGUUCUCAUCGAGUGUUAGUUCAUUAAAUAUAUGUCCUUUUGUCUGAAUACCAGUUCAUGGAAACAAUUGAAGCUGUUGGAAAAGAACAGUCUGUUGAGGAGCUUGAAAAGGUAUGAGUAAAAAUUAAACUUCAACCAAUCAGAAUGAGGCAUUUUAUUUGGGUUGUUUUCCUAUUCAUAGGCCUUGUCAGGUACUCACAUUGCGGGUGGCUCCCUGAUCCUAAAAUGUUCUAUUGUUGGUAUAGGAUUUAAUGAAGCUGAAACAAAUGAUGGAAUUGCACACAUUUUAGGUAUCCUGCUGAUGAACAGUUACAACUUAAAUACAUAUUUUGAGCCACAACAAUUAAUUUACUGUCCUUCCUCUUUGAAUUAACACAUAAUUAAUUCUAACCAAAAGCAAUUUUUACACCAGUAAUUCUGCCUAAAACCAAACAGUGUCUUUUUUGUUGCAGUUGUUCUGUUACCUCCCUCUUAUGGCCAUGUAGCCAUGCACCUAUAAACCAAUUCCUCUCCUCCCUACAAUGGUUCUCUGUUUUUCUUUGUAUGCUUCACCCUUCAUGAAUUUGGCCUUUGGGUGGAGAUGUGUUGAUUCAUGGUUAGACUAGCUAGACUGUUCACAUUCCCUUAUUUUUUCGAAGAUCAUGAGGUAUGGGCAGCCAGCUUGGUUUCAUGUGUACUGUCCCCCGCUCCCUAAGUAGAUUUGACACUCGCUCAAGAUGGCUACCCAUCUUAUGGCCAACCUCAAAACUUCCUGCCCUGUACAAGAACAAAGGUUUAGAACCCAAGGUAUUCUCUCCCUUUUCGAAUGUCUGCUACAAUGCCUUUAAUUAUGCAGCAUUACAAAAAAAUGUUACACAAUAGCUUUUGUGUUUUGGGGCAUACUGUGUGUAGUAACAGGUUUACCAGUACUGAGGAAAUUUUUCAUAUAUUUAGUUUAUUGUGAAGCUAUCUAACUUUCAAGAAUUAUUUAAAUGACAGUUUUCUUUGUUUUCUCAGAUAUUCUGUGAUGAUGGCCUUUCAAACUACAUUGUUGUAUAUCUACGACUUUUAACAUCAGCUCAACUUCAGAGAAAGUCGGACUUUUUCCAGAAUUUCAUAGAAGGAGAGAGGUCGAUUAAAGAAUUCUGUAGCCAGGUACACAUUAUCCCUGCUUAUUAUUAUUAAUUUUUAGGCUUGGGCAUUCCACAGGAAGCUAAUUAUUAAUGUUGUCCUUGUCAAUGCUUUGAAUGUUCUUCCUCUCUCAUCAGGAAGUAGAACCAAUGGCCAAAGAAAGCGACCAUAUUCAUAUCAUAGCACUGACUGAUGCCCUUGGUGUUUGUGUCCGUGUGGUAUACAUGGAUAGGGGCGGAGAUUCGUCUGUCAAUCAUCAUGACUUCCCAGAGGAUGGUUCACGCCCCCUAGUCUUUCUACUGUAUAGACCUGGACAUUAUGAUGUUUUGUAUCAGAAACAACUAUAA